AUGGCACACGGCGAUGACAGGUCUAUCAUCGACUCAGAAAACCAGCACAGCGACAGUGGCCUCCAGCAGCCUCCAGAAUCAUCCCAAGAACAGUCAUUGCUCCUGCAGGCACAGCAGAGACAUAAAAUCGCUGAACUGGAGGGAAAGCUAGAGACUAUUGAAUCAGGACACGCUGCAAAAGAAAGGCAAACGAACUACUAUCUAGCUCAAGGAAGAGGGAUCAGGCAUGUUGUCGCUUUAUUCCACAGUAUCGAAGACCUCAUCACUGAAAAUGACAGAAGAUACGAUGACAACGAGGACAUGGCUAAUUUCGAUCAAGAGCGACUGCAAAUAGGGUACGAUAUCCUAAUAAGAACUUUGCCGUGGUUGCUGAAGACGUCCUCCGACAUGGAGCACAACGAGUACACGCACAUGCUCAAAAUGCUUAGGCAGGGGGCUGAUGGAGCUCGAGGUGACGUUACAUCGAAACUGAAGACUCUUAUUGCCAACUGGGUCAAUCGUGAACUCAAACCGAAUCCCCUGGUGGACCCUGACGACACACAUUCUCGCAGAUUCAUCAACGAUGCGUGUGGCAAGUUACUCUGCCCAGCUGAGGUUGAUUGGAACAGCCCAAUCACAAAGGCAGGGAUUCGGGAUCGCUCUGAAGGUUAUAUCGUGAAGGACCUCUCUUUUCCGGCCUUCCUGUAUGAAAAGUAUACCACCAAUCUGGAGAAUUUGGAGGAAGGCCUUUUUAAGGGCAAAAUUUUAGUGCAGGGCUAUAAAGCUGUCUUCACGUCUCCCUCCUCAGCAAAGAACAUUGAGGGCGAUGGUGAUGGUGCUGAUGUCAUCAAGAACAAUAGACGUGCUAAGAAGGCAGCCUGGGGAAUUAAGGUCAAGAAACACGUUGCGCAAAUUAUCAAGAUGGAGAAAACUCCUUGA